AUGACGGAGGUACAGCUUCAAGAGUUCAAACUAGAGCCGGAUUCAGAACUAAGGUUUGAAGUGGAAUCUAAAAACGAAAAAGUAGUUUUAGAGGUGAAGAGUGGUUAUGCGGAACUUUUUGGCACAGAACUCGUGAAAGCGAAGCCAUAUGAGUUCCAUACGGGUGCGAAAGUUGCUGUGUUCACGUGGCACGGCUGCACUGUGGAGUUAAGGGGUAAAACUGAAGUCAGUUAUGUGGCUAAAGAGACUCCUAUGGUUGUAUACCUCAACGUCCAUGCAGCUCUUGAGCAGCAAAGAGUGGCAGCGGAACAGGAGUCAACUCGAGGUCCAGUCACCAUGGUUGUUGGACCUGGAGAUGUGGGCAAGUCCACUCUUACCAGGAUCCUAUUGAAUUACGCAGUGAGGAUGGGACGGAGGCCCAUUUAUGUUGAUCUUGACGUUGGGCAGGGACAUAUUAGUGUACCGGGUACUAUAGGGGCACUCUUGGUAGAAAGACCAGCAUCGAUAGAGGAAGGGUUUAGUCAGCAGGCCCCACUGGUAUAUCACUUUGGACACAGCUCUCCGGGAGAGAACCUUGAACUGUACAACACUAUAGUGGGCAGACUGGCUGAGGUGAUCGCUGAGCGAUGUGAGAAUAAUAAAAAAGCAUCGACAUCAGGAGUCAUCAUCAACACUUGCGGGUGGAUUAAAGGAGACGGAUAUAAGGUGCUCUCACACGCUGCUCAAGCUUUUGAGGUUGAUGUGAUCCUGGUACUGGACAAUGAGAGACUUUACAACGAGCUCAAGCGAGACAUGCCCAAGUUUGUCAAAGUCGUCUAUUUACCAAAGAGUGGAGGUGUGGUAGAAAGAUCGUCGACGCAGCGCGCGGAGGCCCGCGACGCGCGCAUCCGCGAGUAUUUCUAUGGCAAACGAACGCCAUACUACCCGCACUCAUUCGAUGUCAAGUUCAACGACUUGAAGAUAUAUAAGGUGGGCGCGCCGUCUCUGCCGGACUCGUGCAUGCCGCUGGGCAUGCGCGCGGCGGACGCGCUGACGAAGUUGGUGCAGGUGUCCCCGACGGCGGCGCUGCAGCACCGCCUGCUGGCCGUGUCGUUCGCGGCCGGGCCCGACGACGACGUGCUGCACUCCAACCUCGCCGGCUUCGUCUGCGUUACGGCAGUGUACAUGGACCGACAGAUGCUGACGAUCCUGUCCCCGCAGCCGCGGCCGCUCCCCAACACGGUCCUGCUCCUGUCGGAGCUGCAGUACAUGGACAACCACUAG